AUGGUUAAUUUGCAAUUACAAGGCGACAGUUUAAAUUUGAUUAAAACAAAGUCCAUCUUAUCAGCGUUUCUUGCCAGAGUUAAACUAAUGAAGCACAAUAUUGGACGGGGCGAAUUUUCUCAGUUCCCCAAUUUGUCACAGACAAGCUGCCAGGAAGAGGACGUUUCAACUUACGUUCAUCAUUUAAAUGCCCUCUAUUCAGAUUUUGGAUCUAGGUUUGAGGAUAUUUUUACUAUGGUAAUACCACCGUGGAUAAUUAAUCCAUAUGGUAACAUAGAAGAAACGAAUGUCAUAAUACAGGAGGAACUGACUGAACCAAGUACAAACGAAGAACUACUUAAGGUUCAGCUUAAAAACGGAUAUCAGCAAUUCUGGCUGCAAAACAACAUACCCGUUACUUAUCCCGUAUUAUGGAAUAUAGCGAGAAAAUUUUAA